AUGCAGUUAAUAAAACCAUUUUGGGUUCACCAUGAGGGUCAUUCGAUCUACUCGAUCGACUUUCAGCCAUCUGAAAACCGAUUUGUUACUGGUGGCCAAGGUGGAAACGGGUCAGGUUUGGUGAUUCUCUGGAAUCUAAAGCCGCUGAUCGAUUCAAAGGCAGAGAAUGAUAAUGCAGUGCCUAAAUUGUUGUGUCGUUUGGACAGUCAUGUCGCUUGUGUAAACUGCGUUCGUUGGUGCGGUACAGGUAAAUACCUAGCUUCCGCCGGUGAUGACAAGACAAUUAUGAUAUGGCACUUUGCCGGACGCACCGCCGGAUUAAAGUCGUUCUCCGGAGGGGACAGCAGCUUAUUUCCGAAUGCUGAGCUGUGGAAAUGCUCAUCAGUGUUGAACGGUCACUCCGGAGACGUGCUGCAUUUGGCGUGGUCCACGGGCGACACUUACCUGGCGUCGUGUAGCGUCGACAACUCGGUCAUCGUCUGGAACGCGCUUCGUUUUCCGGAGAAAGUCGUUGUUCUACAGGGUCACCAAGGCCUGGUGAAAGGAGUUUGCUGGGAUCCGUUGGGAAAGUACCUAGCAUCGCAGGUUUUGUGGCAUCGUUACUUGUAUUUUCGUUUGCAGCUCAUUGUAGGCCGACGACAAAACGGUGCGUAUUUGGGCAACGUCCAACUGGUCCCUGAUCAAAACCAUUUGCAAGCCGUUUGA